AGAAAGGCUACACUGACUCCAUAAGGAUCCUAUUAAGCAGGGAACAUAUAGAUGUGAAUUCCAAAGAUUUAACAACUGGACAAACGCCAUUGAUGUUAUUUGCAAGGGAUGGAGAUAUCAGCUUUUUGGAAAGAACAAUAGAUCUUGGAGCUUCCCUAGAUGAGGUUGACCUUACUGAGAAGACAGCCUUGAUGUAUGCAUGUAUGCCAAGACACCAGUGUGACAGUGUGGAAGAACUACUGGACGCUGGAGCUAAUGUGAAUAUAAAUGACCAAAAUGGCCGCAAUGCACUCAUGUUUACCUGCAAAAGUGGAUGCUACAAUUGUGCAAAAAUGAUUCUUGCUGGAAGAGCAGAAGUCAAUGCUUGUACAAGGCAGGGUCAAACUGCUAUGACAUACGCUUUAACAAGCUGUAUAAUUAGAUCAUGUUUUGCAUCAUUCAGUAUUACAGAACACUUGGUCAAGUUACUCCUCCUGAAAGGAGCAACUUUGGAUUUAUGUAAGUUCACAAAAGAGAUAGUCAGUGACAUCAAAUGUUAUUACAGAAUGUACGACACUAUCAUCUUUCUAUACAGGAUGCUAUUGCAAUAUAGUUGUAAGCCAUGUAGAUUUAGGCUGAUAGGAGAAAUCAGAGCAAUGGUUAACAACAACAUUACAAGCAUACAUGAAUUCAGCAUAAUUACAAAGAUAAAGGCAACAGAAAUAGCCUCUAUUCUCCAGAAUGCUGCAGAUGGAGAUAGUGACAGUGAAAGUGAUGAUGAAACUGAUGAAGACAGUGACAGUGAUCAUGACAGUGAUAAUGAGAAUGUCAAUAGAAAUCGAAUUGACAAAGGUCUAAACACAAUGGACUUUGCCUAUUCAACUGCCUUCAAAAAGCUGCUUGAACAAUACCCUAAAGAUUUGAGACUUGAGCACAUAGCAGCAAUGAGUACAAGGGAAGCACAUGGAGUUGAAUAUGUGAAAUCAUUAGUUGACUGCGGAGAAUUUCCAAAGCCGAUUUAUGACAUAUUUGAGAAAAUUGUUACACCACAAUAGUGUUGGUAUAUAAUUGUGACACUUUGAUAGUGGACUUGAGGAUGUGUGGAACAAGUUUAAACUUUUGACUCUUUUUCAUGAAGUUGCAUAUCUUGGAUCAAGAUAUGAUGAACUGUUGUCUGCCAUGCAGAAGAAUUACAGAUUAAUAGAAAU